AGGGGGGCGAGAGGGGGAAAAACACAGCGAGAUGACUCACUUCACUUCACUAAGCAGCUGCCACUUCCACUAGCUAGUGAGUUCAAGGAAGAGGAAUCUUAUAGCUAGGGCAGCUCAGUCUCCUCUCCCCCUUGCGGGAGGAUCGAACUGCAGCAGCGCCAGCCACAAAUAUUGGCCACGCGGGCGCGCGCCCACCCAGCACCCACCAACCUCCCCGGCUGGCCGUCUCCAUCGAUCCAUAUUGCCGGCCAUCCCCGUCUCCACUCCAUCCAUCCCUGCCACAUCCCAGAGCUAACUAGCAGCGGCUAGGCGUGCAGUGCGCGCGCGUCAAUGCAUGCCGGCCCAGCCAAUUCCCCUCUGCUCGCCUCCCUCCCUCGGUGCGAACGCAGCUCAAGAUCGAUAUAGAAUUUCUUAGGAGAAAAAACAACACAUACACGCAUACAUAGGUGGAUCCCCUCUCUAGUAGUGCCCAACCUACAUGCUAUAGCUCUGCUGCAACCGCAGUGUCUAUUCUCGAGCACCAGGCCAAGCUGCUGGUCUCGGCAGAAGCCAGCAAGGGGCAACAAGAAGAAGGAUCCAGGAUUGCUGCUUUCUCGCUCCGAUCCGAACAACCACUGGGCGGCACGGCAGCGCAGGAAGCUCUUUUGUAGUUGCUUGCUUCUUCUCAAGAUCUGGUCUUCCUCCUCUCCUCUACCUGUUGGCGAAUCGGGAUGCCGCAGUAAUCCACGGGAAGAAGUAUCCAAGCAUACAUACAUGGAGUUUACUGCGACAAGCAGUAGGUUUUCUAAAGGAGAGGAGGAGGUGGAGGAGGAGCAGGAAGAGGCGUCGAUGCCGCGCGAGAUCCCUUUCAUGACAGCCGCGGUCGCCACCAGCGCCGCCGCGCCUUCUGCUUCUGCGUCGGCCUCGACACCCGCGUCAGCGGCCGUGUCUGCGUCGCCGGCUGGAAGUAGCCCUCCCUUUCGGUCUGGGGAUGACGCCGGAGCGUCGGGGAGCGGGGGCGGCGGCGGCGGCGUGGCGGAGGCGGUGGAGAAGGAGCACAUGUUCGACAAGGUGGUGACGCCGAGCGACGUGGGGAAGCUGAACCGGCUGGUCAUCCCCAAGCAGUACGCCGAGAAGUACUUCCCGCUGGACUCGGCGGCCAACGAGAAGGGCCUCCUGCUCAACUUCGAGGACAGCGCCGGGAAGCCAUGGCGCUUCCGCUAUUCCUACUGGAACAGCAGCCAGAGCUACGUCAUGACCAAAGGGUGGAGCCGCUUCGUCAAGGAGAAGCGCCUCGACGCUGGGGACACCGUCUCCUUCUCGCGCGGCGCCGGCGAGGCCGCGCGACACCGCCUCUUCAUCGACUGGAAGCGCCGGGCCGACACCAGAGACCCGCUCCGCUUGCCCCGCCUCCCGCUUCCGAUGCCGCUAACGUCGCACUACAGCCCGUGGGGCCUCGGCGCCGGCGGCAGAGGGUUCUUCAUGCCGCCCUCGCCGCCAGCCACGCUCUACGAGCACCGUCUCCGUCAGGGCUUCGACUUCCGCGGCAUGAACCCCAGUUACCCCACAAUGGGGAGGCAGGUCAUCCUCUUCGGCUCGGCCGCCAGGAUGCCACCGCACACACCAGCACCACUCCUCGUGCCGCGCCCGCCGCCGCCGCUGCACUUCACAGUGCAACAGCAAGGCAGCGGCGCCGGCGUAAGUGUAACCGCAGGGUCCCCAGUGGUGCUCGAUUCGGUGCCGGUAAUCGAAAGCCCGACGACGGCAACCAAGAAGCGCGUGCGCUUGUUCGGCGUGAACCUUGACAACCCGCAGCAUCCCGGCGAUGGCGGGGACGAGUCGAGCAAUUAUGGCAGUGCACUGCCAUUGCAGAUGCCCGCAUCAGCAUGGCGGCCAAGGGACCAUACGCUGAGGCUGCUAGAGUUCCCCUCGCAUGGUGCCGGUGCCGAGGCAUCGUCUCCGUCGUCGUCGUCGUCUUCCAAGAGGGAGGCGCAUUCAGGCUUGGAUCUCGAUCUGUGACCUAAAGGAAAGUUCUGCGAUUCUUUCUUUCUUCUACCAUUUGAUUUUCGGUUCUUCUCGUCAUCUCACUUCUCAUGUGAUUCAGUUAUAAGCUUUUGAUGAUAGCGGCAGCUAGGGAUUUAACAUUUGCCCCCUUUUCGGCACUUGAAAUUUUUGUGUUGGUUUGAGAAGUCAUAAAGAAAUUAAGCUUAGGAAGAUUAAUGUUUUUCUCCCAAAUCAGUGUCAUCUCUUGUCCACCAUUAAUUAUUUUCCCUCUCCAUGUGCUUGUGCUUCAAUACUUGCCCAUGUUUAGCAAAAUCGCAUGCCCAUUUCAUACAUAUGAUAACAUUUGUCCGUGUGCAAAUUUUGGUUCAUGGUCUCAUAGUACUUCCUUAGUUUAUUUUUAGUCUGCAUAUACAAUUUGUCUGAAGUCAAACUUGGUUAAGUUUGACCAAUUUUAUAUGGAAACAUAUCAACAUUCAUGAUACAAAACCAAAAUCAUUAAAUUCAUCAUGAAAUUAAUUUUCAUACUAUAUAAGUAAAGUAUUGUAAGUGUUGACAUUUUAAAUAUGAUCUUUGGUCAAACUUUAUGUAAUUUAACUUUAAACAUAUCUUGUAUACGUAAUAAAAAGUAACUGGAGGAGUACGAGAGAUAUGAGUUAAAUCCAUCAAAAUGCAUUCGGACAAAACCAGCACUACACAUUAAUAAUUCAAAAAAGCUAACUGGCGACCAUUCUCUUUUUUUCUUGACAAUUUUAGUUGUAUCAGGGGGUGUUUUUGGGGAGGAUGGCAGUUUUGAGCCUUCAUUCCAGAAAAUGCCAGGUUGUUCCGAAGAAACUGUCACCCCUUGACAAGUAAAACUGUGAUCAAAACGUUUGCAAAUGCCAACCCCUCCAGCGAACGGUCGCCAGAUAAGAAGGUCCUAAUACUUUUCCGUAACAUGCUAUUACUUGUGAACUGAUAUUCUGGUAGAUCAAAUAUCCGCACAACUCGGCCGUACAUGGAUGGCGCGUUAAGCCCUCACGCAUGCAGCAGCAAGAGACAAGUCCGAACAGCGAUCGACAUUAUAUUUUCGCAGGUGAGAUCUUAAAAACACAUUCCGUUCUUUACUGCUCAUCAUCGAUCUCAUAUUUACGGCCGGAGGAAGGUCUGCACAUUCCUUUUAUUUCGCCUUUUUGCCGCCACCUUUUUCUACCCCCACUGUACCGCACUGUGUUUCUCCUGCGCACCACAUCUGUAGCUGCAUGUAUCAUACUCGUUCGUACACAGUAGUCCUGUAUCGCCAUUGUAGAGAGUAGACAGCGCGCGUACGUAGUCGUCGUACCACCAUUUUUUUUUUCUUUUGCCCCCUUGUGAGAGCCGGAGGGAACACGGAAUUAAACCCAUGGAGUGGGCCAAAUCUUGUAUAGUUUGGAUUGUCUGGGCCUUGAGGAGUGCAUGCAUGCACACAGUCCAAGAGAUCUUUAUGGUCGUGGCAGUCUGUAAAGAGGGGGCACUGGCCAUAACUUCUUUGUACGAUCGCUUGGAAUUUAUGGGGGACCUCGGUACGUAGUACGAACCCCUCCUCACUGUUGCAGUUGGAGUAGCAACAGUGGGGAGCUGUGCGAUUGUUGGCACUUGGCAGUGGCAGCAGCGGCAUGCAGCUCCCUCUCUUCAUCUUCGAACCUCUUCUUCCUGUGGCGGGCUUCUGCUGUUUUGCUUCCAUCGAUCGCAGCACGGAGCGCCUUUUCUUUUUCACUGCGGCGGCCGGCGGGUAGCUAGGACUGCAUGCAUGGUGUGCGGAUGUGCGCAGGGCGUGAUGGGAGCAAAGGCGACUAGGCCGGCCGGCCUGCUGCCAUAACUAGCAAGGUGUAGGAGGGGACGCAGCUCUUUUGCACAGGGAGGGUUGGGGAACUCAGAAUAGAUGGAUCGGUGCUCUGCUCAACCUCUCGAGAGUUAAAGUACGUACCUUUGGUUCAUUGUAAGGCGUGAAGGUGAAAAGGGAAAGAGGGUAUGCUUGUGAGCUUGACUGAGGCUUGGCUUGAAACACACCACUAGCUAGCACCACCACGAAAAGAAUGGAUAAGCAGUACAGUAUCUCCUACAUGUAAGUUUCUGCAGCUUCUUAGUUCUCUUUGUUUUAUUUUUAGUUCGAUCUCUCUUCCAUGCUUAGUCCAUGCAGCACAACCGUACCAUCAAUUUUAAACAUAUAUAUGUUGUGUGUGUGCUGGAGUAGUUGCUUCUCUACUCAUGACUGUCUCCUAAGGUACGGCUAGGUUAGCUGACAUUCAGGGAAAGUGCCUUUUUUUAGUGAUAGGAGAGCAUCCCCAUGGACUGAGACUGAUCCUACACCAAACAUGAAACUGAAAAGGCUGAUCCGGUAUGCUUGACUAGGUACAGGAAAAAUAUUAUAGAAUCCUAGUUUUAUAUGAUUGACAUGAUUCCAAAAGAUAAAAAAUUGUAUCAGAGAUUGCAAUGGCAUGCUUUUCUGAAGACUAUAAUACCAAAGGAAAUAGCAAUUCCAAUAAAAUGUCUUUAGUUACAUAACUGAAAAAACAUAAAAACACAUGAGCCACUGAACAUCGAUAAAAGGAUAUUCCUUUAAACUUUAGUGCAAGGUUCCCAUACACAAAAACAUCUUUAGGUUCUAAUUAACAUGCGGAACAAAUAACAGAUGUGUAUAAAAUUAUACAAAGAGUGAAUCCUACCAAAUAUUUCUAUUUCUCGUGAACACAAGAGGCUCUGAGAAUCCACCCCUAAAGCUCUUGUUUUGCUUGCGCGUACCUCUAUAUAUACAUACAUGCAUGCUAGCUAGCUAUUUAUGGGUGAAUAAAACAAGAUAUAUUGUUGGUUGUCCUGAAUGCAAAUAAGUUGUAGACGUAGGUUGAGAUUAACUUAAUCAACAGCCUACUAUUAGUUGUCAUGCAAUAUAUGUACUUUUCGUUUGUAUUUCGUAAGUCAAUAAAUCAAUAUGUUCUCCACUUUCUGUGGACAAAAAGGCACUACCACUAAUUAACGAGCAUCAAAUUGAUGUAACCAUAGUUGAUGCAUAUAUAUAUUCUUUCUAGUACGAGUGUCAUUAUGCUUAGCAUUCUCUGGAGAUGCCCUUACAUGACUUAUGAUAAGAUGACCUUACCUUGAGCCAAUCAUCCAGACAAGGUUGGUAGCUUUGUUAUGAAAAGAUGAAAUGACAACACAUGUGCUAUAUUUUUGUCCAUAUCUACUUGGUAUCAUUAAGCUAUUUGGCUAUCCAUCUUGUUGUGGCAACCAAAUGAACGACAUACAUACUAGUUCAUGUAUAC